GAUUCUUGAUUGGUGAUUUUUAUUAAAAUAUUGUCAAAUAACCUAUAUAUAUGUAUAUAUAGUAUCUUCAAAAGCUAUUUAUAUUAUGGUGUGUGAUGGAAGCUUAUUGAGUAAAGUAACCUAUUUUUUCGUAUAUAAACAAACUUCAUUCGAAAUUUUAUUCAGCAUCGAAUAUAUGUAAUUAACGGAUUAAAUAUUUUAAAGUAUGAAUAUAAAUAUAACAUGAGUUCAAACGGUCUGAAAGCAUUAAAAAAAAGCAAUUCUUAUCCACAAAAAAUACGAUGUCAAAAAUGCCUAGAAAUAGGACAUUGGAGUUAUGAAUGUAAAGGAAAGAGAAAAUAUUUACAUAGAUCUUCACGUACAUCACAACUGAAGAAAGCUUUAAUGAAACAACAAGAAUCUAAUAGUGAAGAACAGAAGAAAGAAGUAAAAAAAAGUCGUUUACAAAAAAAAAUGAAAGGAGAAUUUAGUAGUUCCAGUAAUACAAAUUCUAGUGCUGAAAGCAGCAGUAGUAGCAAUGAUAGUAGCACUAGUAGUUCAUCUUCAGAUAGUGAAUCAGACUCUAGUGAUAGUGUUUCUAGUAGUAGCAGUGAUAGUAGCAGCAGCAGUAGUAGUAGCAGUAGCAGUAGUAGUAGUAGUAGUAGCAGAAACAGUAACCAUUGUAACAAU